AUGCCCAUUCUUCAAAGCAUUUAUGCCAACUUGUCUCAACCAUCAAAGAUUUCCAUUCCAUCCUCAGUAAAAUCACUGGACUUGAUGGUGUUUCGAAAAGUGUUGACUAGUAUCAGAUCGGUCACACAAUCAGUGAAUAAAGAUGAAAAAUUGCGAGGAUACACGCGUGGUGGAAUCAUUGUGGAUGCUACGACUAUGGGAGAUCUGGCCCACGACCGUGAACUCAUUAAACAUUUGACAGAGUUGAAACGUUCACUUGCCUUCAAAAAGGCAGGCGAUCCGUGA